AUGUGGACCAGCAGCAGCGGCCGCGCCCUGGCGCUCGUCGCGCUUGUGUCGCUCCUCGCCGGCGCAGCGGCGAGCACGCGCUGGGACGGUCGCGCAGUGGACGCCGAGACGAGCGCGCAGGGCCAGCCAGGCGUCGGCGCGCCGGCCUCGGAGACCGCGACUGGCGAGGCGGUGGGCGCGGAGCCCGGCCUGGCGUUGCCGUAUCCGGGGUCGAACUGCGUGGGGACGGUUUCGAUCAUGGGUCAGGCGGACGAGCAGGAAGCGAGGGACGAGGCGAACGUGCAGCUCGCGGUGCAGGUUCAGCGGGAGACGUCGCAGGAGGCCCGCGAGGACGCUGCGACGACCGUCCAGAAGGUCCACGAGGCCGUCCUGGCGAUCGAGGGCCUCCAGCAGCGGGACCUGACGCAGAACUUCGUCAACGUGUACCCGCACUACGAGAGCGUGCGCGUGCGGGGGGAGAACAACUACAAACAGGUGAUUGCGGGGUACGUCGUGCACAACAGCUUCACGGUCAAGGUGAAGGACGUCGACACCGCGGACGGCAACGCCGUCCUGAGCAAGGUUGUCGACGCGGCACUGACAGCGGGCGGGGAUGACGUCAGGGUCAACCACGUGGGCUUCGGCCUCAGCCGCGGCCGUAGACGGAGCGUCGAGGGCCGCGUCCGUGCGCUGGCGGCCAAGGACGCGCGCAGGAAGGCCCGGGCGUACGCGGAGGAGCUCGACACCACCGUCGGCCGCGUGCUCAAGAUUUCCGAGUGGAUGCCCGGCGACACGGGUCCGGCGCCGCGCAUGGACGUGGCCCCGAAGAUGGCCAUGGCGCGCGCGGGCGGGCCGGAGAUGGCCAUGGCGGACGAGGCGUUCGUUGAUACGCCGCUGGCGGGGGGCGGCGAGGAGACCGUGGCGGCGAACGUGUUUGUCGUGUUCGAGCUUUGCGAGGCCGACGAGUGA